GGGGAGAGCUGGUGAGCUAGGGUCUGGACGGAGUUGGCAGGAGCUGUUGCCAUGACAAGCAUUUUCUUAAGAAAGCUCUGCUGUUGAGGCCAUCCAAAGCUGGGGGCUAGGGGGAGCACCAACUUCCUGGGGAACCAUCUCUCCGAGGAGAGCAAGAUCAAAGACACCCGCCCAGCUCUCCUGCACGCUUUAUCUUCCAGGGACCUGAGAGGUCCUUCCCAUUGGAAGGGCCGAGGAGGAGACCCAGCCCACUCCCCGGCCCUAGCAAGAAAGGCAAGAAAGCAAAGCCAGCAUCUCUAGCGCGGUUGCCACAUUGGGGAGGCCGGUGGGUGGUCACCCUCACCCUAUCCCCCCAUCUAUGGUAACCCGGAGGGAGAGUCCCACUUGGAGAAGCCCGGAUCUUUGCUAGAAAGAGAGAUCCAGUUGUCAUCGGUAUCCAGGGAGCCCUCCUCUUCCUCCUCCUUCUCCUGCCGCCUCGCUACCACCACAGUUGCUAGUUGUUGCUAAGAUUGCCUCCAUAGUAACAUGCACAUCCUGUUUGUACUUCGAUAUGGCCAAGGCAGUCUGAGCUAGGAACCUACCUACCCUGGACAACCACUUCCAUCACCACCUGGGGACGCCAAUCAUUGUGACACGUGGUCCGGCUUCCACUCCCUUCCCCCAUUCUCUUCCUCCUCUCGCUGCCAGGCUUCAUACACAAGAAAGAAUCUGGGCUUGGAGCUGCUACUCUGAAGCUUAUUGCACAAGAUAUAGCCGGUCUAAUUCCUAAUUGGGCCCCCAGAGAAGCAAGAAGUAGGAAUAAGUGGGGGCAGGAAGGCAAGAGACCCUGAUCAGUGGAAGGGAAACUCCACAUCUUCUCUUGUUGAGGGGCUUGGUAACAGCAGGCAAAAUGACGAACCCAUCAGAACAUGCCUUGGCAGCCAACUCAAUGGUCGACAGCCGUGAAGGGGACUUUGGCUGCACAGUAAUGGACCUGAGGAAGCUCAUGGAGCUGCGCUCAACUGAUGCAAUGAACCAGAUUAAUGACCACUAUGGAGAUGUACAGAAUAUCUGCAGUAGACUGAAAACCUCCCCUGUGGAAGGUCUAUCUGGGAACCCUGCGGACCUGGAGAAGCGUAGGCAAGUGUUUGGACAGAACUUGAUUCCCCCCAAAAAGUCCAAGACCUUCUUAGAAUUAGUGUGGGAAGCCCUUCAAGAUGUCACACUUAUCAUCCUGGAGAUCGCUGCCAUCAUCUCCCUGGUCCUGUCCUUCUACCGCCCCCCUGGUGGAGAAAAUGAACAGUGUGGUCAAGGUGCAAGUACCGCAGAAGAUGAAGGGGAAGCAGAAGCCGGCUGGAUCGAGGGGGCAGCCAUCCUGUUCUCAGUGCUCAUCGUGGUGCUAGUGACUGCCUUCAAUGAUUGGAGCAAAGAGAAGCAAUUCCGGGGGUUGCAGAGCCGCAUUGAACAGGAGCAAAAAUUCUCCAUUAUCCGAAAUGGCCAGAUCAUCCAGCUUCCUGUGGCUGAGAUCGUGGUGGGUGAUAUCGCCCAGAUCAAAUAUGGUGACCUGCUGCCUGCAGAUGGGAUCCUGAUCCAGGGCAAUGAUCUCAAGAUUGACGAGAGCUCUCUGACUGGGGAGUCAGAUCAUGUCAAGAAGUCCUUGGACAAAGACCCCAUGCUGCUCUCAGGGACCCAUGUCAUGGAAGGUUCUGGCCGAAUGGUAGUGACUGCUGUUGGUAUCAACUCCCAGACUGGAAUCAUCUUUACCCUCUUGGGGGCCAGUGAGGGAGAUGGGGAGGAGAAGAAGAAGAAAGGUAAAAAACAAGGAGUCCCUGAAAAUCGCAACAAAGCAAAGACCCAGGAUGGAGUGGCCCUGGAGAUCCAACCACUCAAUAGCCAGGAAGGGACCGACAGUGAGGAAAAGGAGAAAAAGGCAGCAAAGAUGCCCAAAAAGGAGAAGUCGGUGCUGCAGGGCAAGCUGACGCGCUUGGCCGUCCAGAUCGGGAAAGCUGGUUUGAUCAUGUCUGCUAUCACAGUUCUCAUCCUGAUUCUCUACUUUGUGAUUGACAACUUCGUGAUACAGCAGAGGCCGUGGCUAGCUGAGUGCACGCCCAUCUACAUCCAGUACUUCGUCAAGUUCUUCAUCAUUGGCGUCACUGUGCUGGUGGUGGCUGUGCCCGAGGGGCUGCCACUGGCCGUCACCAUCUCACUGGCCUACUCUGUGAAGAAAAUGAUGAAAGACAACAACCUGGUGCGGCACUUGGAUGCUUGUGAGACCAUGGGCAAUGCCACAGCCAUUUGCUCCGACAAGACUGGCACGUUGACCAUGAACCGCAUGACUGUGGUACAGGCCUAUAUUGGUGGCACCCACUAUCAUCAGAUCCCAAGCCCUGAUGCUCUCGUGCCCAAGGUCCUGGACCUUAUUGUCAAUGGCAUUUCUAUCAACAGUGCCUAUACCUCCAAGAUUUUGCCUCCAGAGAAGGAGGGAGGCCUGCCUCGGCAAGUGGGUAACAAGACUGAGUGUGCGCUGCUGGGCUUUGUCACAGACCUGAAGCAGGAUUACCAUGCAGUGCGUAGUGAGGUGCCUGAGGAGAAGCUCUACAAGGUGUACACCUUCAACUCGGUGCGCAAGUCGAUGAGCACGGUCAUCAGGACGCCCGACGGCGGCUUCCGCAUGUACAGCAAGGGCGCCUCCGAGAUCAUCUUACGCAAGUGUAAUCGCAUCCUGGACAAGGAUGGGGAAGCAGUGCCUUUCAAGAGCAAGGACCGCGAUGAGAUGGUGCGCACUGUCAUUGAGCCCAUGGCCUGUGAGGGGCUCCGGACCAUCUGCAUAGCUUAUCGGGAAUUCAGUGACGCAGAGCCCUCCUGGGACAAUGAGAACGAAAUCCUCACUGAACUCACCUGCAUUGCAGUGGUGGGCAUUGAGGACCCCGUGCGCCCAGAGGUGCCAGAAGCUAUUGCCAAAUGCAAACGAGCUGGCAUUACUGUCAGAAUGGUGACAGGUGACAACAUCAACACAGCUCGGGCCAUCGCCACCAAAUGUGGCAUUCUGACACCUGGGGAUGACUUCCUGUGCUUGGAAGGCAAAGAAUUCAACCGACUCAUCCGCAACGAGAAGGGCGAGGUGGAGCAAGAGAAGCUCGACAAGAUCUGGCCUAAGCUUCGAGUCCUGGCGCGGUCCUCCCCUACGGACAAGCACACGCUGGUGAAAGGCAUCAUUGACAGCACUGUGGGGGAUCAGCGGCAGGUGGUGGCUGUCACUGGCGAUGGCACAAAUGAUGGGCCAGCUCUGAAGAAAGCAGACGUCGGUUUUGCCAUGGGUAUUGCAGGCACAGAUGUAGCAAAGGAAGCAUCAGAUAUCAUCCUAACAGAUGACAACUUCACCAGCAUUGUAAAGGCAGUGAUGUGGGGACGAAAUGUCUAUGACAGCAUCUCCAAGUUCCUUCAGUUCCAGCUCACUGUCAAUGUGGUGGCCGUGAUUGUGGCCUUCACUGGAGCCUGUAUCACUCAGGACUCUCCAUUGAAAGCCGUGCAGAUGUUGUGGGUUAAUCUAAUCAUGGACACUUUUGCCUCAUUGGCCCUGGCCACAGAGCCUCCAACAGAUUCUCUGUUGAAGCGUCGCCCCUAUGGCCGACAUAAGCCUCUUAUCUCACGUACUAUGAUGAAGAACAUCUUGGGUCACGGAGUCUACCAGCUCACUGUCAUCUUUCUCCUUGUCUUUGCUGGUGAGAAAUUCUUUGACAUUGACAGUGGCAGAAAGGCACCUCUACACGCACCACCCAGCCAACACUACACCAUCGUUUUCAACACCUUCGUGCUGAUGCAGCUCUUCAAUGAAAUCAACUCCCGCAAGAUCCACGGAGAGAGGAAUGUCUUUGCAGGCAUCUUCCGCAACCUCAUCUUCUGCUCUGUGGUCUUGGGCACAUUCAUCAGCCAGAUUAUCAUUGUGGAAUUUGGGGGUAAGCCUUUCAGUUGCACAGGCCUCACCCUGUCCCAGUGGUUUUGGUGCCUCUUCAUUGGGAUUGGAGAGCUGCUGUGGGGCCAGGUAAUCUCUGCAAUACCUACCCAAUCCCUGAAGUUCCUGAAGGAGGCUGGACAUGGCACCACCAAAGAGGAAAUCACCAAGGAUGCUGAGGGGAUGGACGAGAUCGACCAUGCUGAGAUGGAGCUGCGCCGAGGCCAGAUCCUCUGGUUCCGGGGCCUGAACCGUAUCCAGACUCAGAUCGACGUAGUUAACACAUUCCAGACGGGAGCCUCUUUUAAGGGAGUCCUAAAGCGACAGACCAUGGGUCAACAGCUUGAUGUAAAACUUGUUCCUAGCUCAUCCCAUAUCAAAGUGGUCAAAGCGUUCCAUAGUUCCCUCCAUGAAAACAUUAUGAAACCUGCGAACCAAAACUCCAUCCACAACUUCAUGACCCAUCCUGAAUUCGCCAUAGAUGAAGAGGGGCCACGAACACCAGUCCUGGAUGAGCAAGAGGAGGAAAAUCCUGAAAAUGUUUUUAAGUCUGGGACGAGGGUGUUCCCAGCUGAUGACGAGGUCACUCCAUAUGCCAACAAAAACAACAAUGCGGUGGAUUGCAAUCAAAUGCAGAUCGUUGCCUCCCACUCAGACAGCCCUCUACACAGCCUGGAGACAUCAGUUUGAACUUUCAUUCUCUGACUUCGUCCCUGCUUUCUUUAUUUCCUUUUUCAUCUGUCCUGUCUAUAAGGUGAUGAUGGGACUGAAAACUGUCAUGUCAGCUGCUCCCAAGUAUGUGUGAACCCCACCUGACCAUGAAGAGGCAAGAGCAGAGACUGACAAGGAUUUCAACUUAAACUUGAGUUGAGGUUUGUAGCAGGACGCAAUCAAAUCCCAGGCAGGUAAUGGUAGAAUUUACUCCUCGGACGUAUCAGUUGUUAUUUUUAAAGAAAUGAUGACAGUCCUCUUGGCAUCACUCCAAUCCAAAUUCUCCCACAAAGUUCAUACGUAAGUUGCUGUCUCCUGACUUCUGGAGCUUACCCUGUGAGUCUGUGCCACUUGUAAGCUAAGUUGAGGGUUCAGACAGAGACAAACAUCUCCAAAUGAAAUGUGUUGAAGUUGGAAUGGAAUGUAUAGAAUCAGCCUGUAGAGUGAUUGCUUUUUAAACAAUUCUUCCUAUUUUGAAAACUUAUACUUAAAGCCCCCUAGCUCUUUCUGCCCUUCCAGUCACACCUCCCCAAGG